AUGAAUACAAAAUUUCAUGAACCAAAUGCCGCUUUGUCUAAAACCAUUGUUACAACUAAAGCAACACCGUCGGACGGAAUAUGUUCGAGACAGCGUAUGUCUGGAGAUUUCUUGGUUAUCUGGAUCGAUGCUGGUAUUGAUCGCUCAAAAGAAGAUUGUCAAAAUAUCUUACAACAACUGCGAAAUGUUGUUAGUGACGUGAAUAUAUUUACUGAACGAGAUGAAUGUAUCGACUUCCUAACUGAAGUUGACGACACCAAAACUUUUCUCAUUGUAGAGAAUACUAUAGGUAAACAAAUAGUACCCAUGAUUCAUGACAUUUCUCAGCUAUGUGCCAUUUACGUCUACUGCGGCAACAAGACCAGACACGAACAAUGGGCCAAACUAUGGCCCAAAGUCAACGGUGUCUAUACAGAAAUAACUUUCAUUUGUGAAUCUCUGCAACAGACUAUGAAACGCUGCAACCAGGAUUCUAUCGCCAUGAGCUUAGUCAGGAUCAGUGAAGGUACUUCUAUUCAAAAUCUGGAUCAACUGGAACCUGCAUUUAUGUACACUCAACUACUCAAAGAAAUCUUACUUGGCAUGCAGUAUGACCAACGAUCCGUCAAAGACUUUGUAGCUUAUUGCCGAAAUGGUGACUACGGAGCACCGAGUAAUAUUACACGGUUCGACACAGAAUACCAGGCAAAGCUAGCUAUCUGGUGGUAUACUUUUCCAUCAUUCAUCUAUUCUAUGCUAAACUGUUCGCUUCGUAGGCUAGAGUCCGAAACCGUUCUAAAAAUGGCCUUCUUUAUUUCUGAUCUGCACCAUCAAAUCGAAAAAUUACAUCAGCAACAGAUCAGCGGUUCUCAUAGGAAGCCAUUUGUUGUGUAUAGGGGUCAAGGUCUAUCGAAAACGGACUUUCAAAAACUCCUGAAAACAAAAGGUGGGCUUAUCUCCUUUAAUAAUUUUUUAUCAACCAGUGAGAAUCAAGAGAUUUCUCUCGGUUAUGCUAAUAUUGCUUUGACACAAACUGAUACGGUCGGCAUCCUCUUUAAAAUGUUCAUUGAUCCAUCUGUGUCAUCCAUUCCAUUCGCUUUUAUACAGAAGGUUAGCUAUUAUAAGACAGAAGAAGAAGUUCUCUUUUCAAUGCACAGUGUUUUUCGAAUCGGUGAAAUUAAACAAAUGGAUAAUUUCAGUCUUCUUUACCAAGUGGAACUGAAACUGACUGCUGAUGGCGACGAAGAACUGCAAGCCUUAACGACAUGUAUACGAGACGAAACUAAAGGCGUAAUUCCAUGGCAUCAGCUGGGUAAUUUGUUGUUCAAAAUAGGACAAUAUGAUAGAGCAGGAGAAAUAUAUAAAAUGCUGCUUAAUGAGACGUCCGACGAGCGUGUGAAAUCAAUCUAUUACAACUAUCUUGGGCUCGUCAAGGCGCAUCAAGGCUAUUAUGAGAGGGCCACCUGGUAUUUUGAGCUAUCACUUCAGAUUAAUCAAAAGCAUCUUCCUCCAAAUGAUCCUGCAUUUUCAGUUUCCUACAACAACAUCGGCAUGGCGCAUCAAAGUAAAGGAGAGCACUCGAAAGCCCUUUCGUUCUACAAAAAAGCUCUAGAUAUUCUACCAACCAAUUUUUUAAAAGAGCAUCCAUCAAUAUGUACUCUCUAUAAUAAUAUAGGCGAGGCAUACCGUCAACUAGGCAAAUACCGGGAAGCUCUUCCCUUUUUUGAAAAAGAUCUUGAAAUUCUUAAAAAUAUUCUUCCAUCCAAUCAUCCGAAUUUCGCUUCGUCUUACAACAAUAUCGGGUUGAUCUAUCAAAGCAUAGGAGAGUACUCAAAAGCACUCUCAUUCCUCCAAAAAGCACUCAAAAUUCAAGAGAAAACUCUUCCUUCAGAUCAUUGUGACCUAGCUACUUGUUACAGCAGCAUUGCUGAGCUGUGCCGGAACGUGGGUGAGUACUCCAAAGCGCUCUCGUUCCAUGAAAAAGAUCUUAAAAUUCUACAAAAAAGUCUUCCUCCACACCAUCCGGAUUUGGCCAAAUGUUACAACCAAAUAGGGACAAUAUAUAGCAGCAUGAGUGAGUAUACAAAAGCGCUUUCAUUUUUCGAAAAAGCACUUGAAACCUAUCAAAAAAAUCAUCCUCCAAAUUAUCAUAUGUUGGGUUGCAUCUACAAUAAUAUUGCGGUGGUCCAUCAAGAUACAAAAAAUUACUCAAGUGCAGUCUCGUUUUUGGAAAAAGCCCUCAAAAGUAAACAAAAGACUCUUCCUUCGGAUCAUCCUUCGUUGUCUCUUUCUUACAACAAUAUCGGUGUUACCUAUUUACGCAAAGGAGAAUAUCUGAGAGCACUCUCGCCCUUGGAAAAAGGACUUGAAAUUCAACUAAAAGUUCUUCCUUC